CGUCAUUUGCCAUCUGCGCACGCAUGCAACAAAUCACCUGUAAAUAGCAUAGAGACGAAAAAUAAUUUAAGGAAAGCACGUGCUUGUGUUAUUUGGUAAUGGCUGAAGCGGCUACCGAAAAGUUAUCCAAGAAGUAAGGGUAUUUUAUAAGUUGCGAUAAUUGUGAUGGAGUGGUGCUGAAACUAAGUGUAACCAUGCUACUAUCUAGAACACUGCGCAGAACAUUCCGAAAACUUUCUCCCAAUUUCCAAAGCAGAUUGUUUUUACUGUCGUCCCGAGCUAGUUCUGAUGGAUCGCCCCAACUGAGUAGUGAGCUGAAGCGAAGGUUGAAAGCAGAGCAGAAGGCCAAGGAAAAGUUGGAGAAGGAAAAAGUUGUGCAAGAGACGCAGGUUGCCAAAAAGAAACCAGUCAGUGAAGCAGAAGAAGUGAGCCCAAACGAGUUCUUCAGGUUGAGAACCCAGGCGGUCGCCCAGUUGAAGCAGAGCGACGAACACCCCUACCCACACAAGUUCCACGUGUCGAUAUCCCUCGAAGAGUUCAUCGACAAGUACAACGGCAUAAAAGAUGGCGAGAUCAUCGAUUCAGUCGAAGUCAGCCUGGCAGGGCGCGUGCACGCCAUACGGGAGUCCGGGGCCAAGCUGAUAUUCUACGACCUGCGCGGCGAGGGGGUGAAGAUACAGGUGAUGGCAAACGCCAACCUGUACUCGUCCGAGGAGGCGUUCGCCGCGGACACGGACAAGCUGCGGCGCGGCGACAUCAUUGGCUGCGUCGGCAGCCCGGGCAAGACCAAGAAGGGGGAGCUGUCCGUCGUGCCCAAGAAGAUCCGGCUGCUGUCCCCGUGCCUCCACAUGCUGCCGCACCUGCACUUCGGCCUCAAGGACAAGGAGACGAGGUUCCGGCAGCGGUACCUGGACCUGAUCCUCAACGAGAAGGUGCGCCAGAAGUUCCACGUGCGGGCGCAGAUCAUCUCGUACGUGCGCCGGUUCCUGGACGACCUCGGCUUCCUCGAGGUGGAGACGCCCAUGAUGAACAUGAUCGCGGGCGGCGCGACGGCCAAGCCGUUUGUCACCCACCACAACGAGCUCAACAUGGACCUGUACAUGAGGAUAGCGCCGGAGCUCUACCACAAGAUGCUGGUUGUCGGUGGUAUAGACAGAGUAUACGAGAUCGGCAGGCAGUUUCGGAACGAAGGCAUCGACCUGACUCACAACCCAGAGUUCACGACAUGCGAGUUCUACAUGGCGUAUGCGGACUACAAUGAUCUGAUGGUGAUUACGGAGAAUAUGUUGUCAGGCAUGGUGAAGAGCAUCCACGGCUCGUACAAGGUGGUGUACCACCCCGGCGGCCCGGACGACGAGGGGGUGGAGGUGGACUUCACGCCGCCCUUCAAGCGCAUGAGCAUGUUCCCGGCGCUGGAGGCGGCCCUGGGCGCGAAGCUGCCCGCCCCGGACUGCCUGGGCUCCCCGGAGGCGGCCGGCCUCCUCAGCGACCUGUGCGAGAAGCACCAGGUGGAGUGCCCCCCGCCCCGCACCACCGCCCGCCUCCUUGACAAGCUGGUGGGGGAGUUCCUGGAGGAGAAGUGCCUCAGCCCCACGUUCAUCUGCGACCACCCGCAGGUGAUGAGCCCGCUGGCCAAGUGGCACCGCUCCGUGCCGGGCCUCACGGAGCGCUUCGAGCUGUUCGUCGUCAAGAAGGAGGUGUGCAACGCCUACACCGAGCUCAACGACCCGGCCGUGCAGCGCGAGCGCUUCGAGCAGCAGGCCAAGGACAAGGCGGCCGGCGACGACGAGGCACAGUUGGUGGACGAGAACUUCUGCACGGCGCUGGAGUACGGGCUGCCGCCCACGGCCGGCUGGGGGCUGGGCAUCGACCGCCUCACCAUGUUCCUCACCGACUCCAACAACAUCAAGGAGGUGUUGUUCUUCCCGGCCAUGAAACCAGACGACCCCAACAAGCACAAGGAAGAUGACAUUGCGAACGGCGUGGCAAAUGGCGUCUAACGGCUGCGUGUAGUAUCUAGGAGAGUGAGCUAUUUAUUGAUUCAGGAUACCUUGCCGAGCAUCAGCCUAUCAUGUCCUUAUUUCAUUCAUAUGCCACAUUCUGUGUUAAGUCAUAUACAGAAACUGCUGGAAUAUUUUAAUUAAAUUUAAAGUAGUAUUUCCGUCUUGCAUAAUUCAAUUUUUUUUAUUAUUUCUUCAUUUUAUUGCACUUGUUUAAAGGGAGUGGUUAGCUGUUUGGUUGUAACCAGAUUUUGAUGAUAAUCAACAUAAAAAAAAAGACUUAAAUUAGACUGAAUUGUCACAAUGAUUAAUAAAGUUUUAAUAAAAUAAA